CGUGUGUGUGUGUGUGUGUGUGUGUGUGUGUGUGUGUGUGUGUGUGUGUGUGUGUGUGUGUGUGUGUGUGUGUGUGUGUGUGUGUGUGUGUGUGUGUGUGUGAUGGACUGAGUGAGGGCGCUCUUCUCUCCAAUACCGUCGUUAGCACUGAAACAUCAGAAGCUGAGAUACCAGACGGAUCCAGGUGUGAGUCCCGAGGAAAACCAGGGUACCGUUUCCAGUCUUUCACAGCCCACUCCAAACACACUAACCCGGCAUUGAUGGUAAUGUAUGCGAGGAAACAGCCGAGACUCGGAGAUGGGUAAACACCUUUGACUUCUCCGCCAUUUUUACUGAAACCAAAAUAAGACUCUGGAAACUUCCCCCUCCAGCCGCUGCAAGCUCCUUUAGCUGUUUCUUCACCCUGAUUCUGGAGCUUGGUGCUAACUGCAGUUUUUUCUAUGUUUACAGGUGUGACCGAAGAGACUCUCAGCCCUAUCAGGUACCUGUUAGCUCCCCGCUAGCCUGUUAGCAUCAGAUUAAACACUCAAGCUCAGGCUUUAGAGCCGCGCAGGCCGCAGACUGCGGAAAAUUACCCGAAAAGUACACCAAUUUGGUUUUAAACGCUCUCUAAGCGGUUGAAAUGUUUCUUUACGAAAGCAUUAUUAGAUAAACAUAGCACAGACCGAAUAUAUUCGUCGAAUCGAGUUGUUUUAAAGAAGGUACAGCCGAGUUUUAUUACAGCUGAAGCUAAUGUUAGCCUUGUAGCCUGUCCGAUCAGGGCCUGACCGCAGUCUGUCAUUACAGAGAUAUAAGCUAAUUGAGAUCUCUACACCUAAAACUGUUCCAAAUAAACACUACAGAAAAAUGAGUUAACAUUCAGAUAUGACCACGGUGAAUAACGCUACCGAAAACCAAAUCGAGUUAGUCUGACAUAGUGUUUGCUUCACUGGUGCCAGAAACGAUAAUUGUGUUAAUGAAUAAAACUCAUUAAAUGAUGAGAGAAUUAUUUAAGUUUCAACUUAACUCGGCCAAAGUUUGUAGAGCUGUAAUUAACCAAACAUCUAAAGAGCUGAAUGUGAAGCUGCAGACAAUAACCAGGUGCUCAAACUGAUAACGUUUUUGCUAAUCUAUCUCGUAAGAAUGUGACUUCAGUUAUGACAUUAUAGAUUAUGAAACUAUCACAUUAUAGACAGAGAUGGAAAACUCUGAACCAAGCUUAUUGUCAUGAAGGAUUACACCGAAAAACGACCUGUUUUGGUGCAAAAACAGUGAAGUCAGAAAUAGAGGAAGGAAUGCAAACCCAGCAGAGCGCAGUACUCCAACUGUCUGUGAAAAGUAGACUCUCCAAACAACAUCAUAACACACAUUUGGAAAAUGAUUUCAUAAAGAGCUGCACACUUAAAAAAGAAUUUCCCAGAUGUGUAGGAGUGUGUAAAUCUCAAAAACAGCAGGAACAGUGUGGGAUGUAAACAUAUUGUGCUGGAGUCAAGUGUGUCUUGGUUAUGGUGCAAGGCAUCAUAUUUAAUAUGCAAUUUAUAUUCCUGCUUACAUUUUUAAUCAGCACUGUAAUCAGCUCACAAUGUAACAUACACAUACACACAGGCUCUCACAGAUCCUGUUCCUGUGUAAAAGCCCAUGUGCACCACCUGACAUGCAUUUAAUCAAAAUGGACUUGUUUGUCAACCUCACUUAAACCCCUGUGAACGUCUGCUGGGUAGCAUCUUAUAUCUUGAAGUUACAACCAUCCUAAUGUCCACUUUUGGCCAGAAUUCUUUCUUCUUUGCAAAAUUGAUCAGAUGCAACUCCAAAAUUUUACCCUCAGUGCUGCCAUGGUGUGCUGUGAACAAGCAGAUAAAGUAGUGGGAACAAAAACUGGUGUUAUGACUGCCAGUUAGCAUAACAGUUAGCGUUAAGGUGGGGUAUUGCACAGGUAUGUUGUGGUCAUGAACAUGUAUAGUCAAUGCAGAAUCCUAGGCUUUGAUGUAAUGCUAAGAGUCUGACAGUGUCAACAUGAGUGUGAGGUGCUAGAUGAGAGGCUGUCAUGUUGCAGGGUUGAGGUAAAAAUCAGACAGCCACCAGCAGGGAGCUAAAAACAGUUCUUUGGUGUGGGGUUUUGGUCCUGAUGCGUCUUGUCCUGAUCAUGCAGAGUCUGUGACCUAGAGAGGGGUUGGCUAUUAGAGAAAUUAUAGGCAUUUCACUAAGCUGAGGUUAUUCAUAUCAAAACACAUUAUGACUUAGCUCCAUACUGGCCUAGAAAGGUGAACCUUUGUAAUGCCUCAUUAGAAAACCUUACCAAAGUUGAAGUUGCUGCUCCAGAAACAUUCAUGGCUGCAUGAGUUGGAUUUGUCCUUUCUAACUUGACUGCAUAAGUUUGCUGACUUUAUGGGACUUUGAACAGCAGAAUGAUGACAUUUAAAAUGAGGGGAGCACUUGUUUUAAGAUCAUCUAAAGACUGUGAUGAAAUGCUGAAAUCACUGUACAUUGAAAGACAGCAGGUUGUAGUGAAGUGUUUGAUUUGUGUCUGCAGACUCUCAAAUACUCAUCCAAGAGCCAUCCAGGAGGGGACCACCGACAUGAAAAGAUGCGAGACUCCUCAGAUGUCACUCCUCCCUGCAAAAUGCUCCGGAGGUCUGACAGCCCUGAGAACAAACACAUGGACAGCACAGGGCACGGCAGAGCGAAGGCUGUCCACACACACCGGGCCAGAGACAGGGACGGAGGUGAGACACAGUUAUUACUGAGGAGGAAACUGGCUCAGUGGUAGAUAAUGCUGCAAAGUAAGCCUGCAAGUUUCAACAUUAAAAGGCCUGGUUUCUCUUCGUUACUCUUAUAUUAGUUUAGACUUCACUCUGUGCUGGUUUCUGUAGUAAAGGAACAGGCUUGUUUAGCUGUUUCAGUUUUGCGUAUAUCAAGCAGAAAAUAAGUGCAGCUAUCUAUCACCCGUGAAGCACUCAUAUUUUUUUAAAACUCUGGCAUUUAGUUGUUGAGCAUUAAUCGUAGUACAUGCAAAAGUAACCAGAAAUGUAUAUGUGAGUUUCUGCAUUUUGAACCAUUCAACGGUUGAGUUAUAAUUUGCUUUCAUGUGGUUAGGAGAUGCUUAGUGAAAAGAAGUGAUUGUUUUUGUAUGUUGGUCAAAAUUCUUCUGAAUUCGCAGUGAAAGUUAAGCAAGUUUAGUUAAAUCUAAAUAGGCAUAAAAGAUUAGGAAGCAGAACGCUCAGGAUUUUUGUUAGUGGUGCAGUGUUAUUUAUGCAUGCAGUGAGGAGAGGAAAGUGGUGUUGAAUUUGAUCAUAAUGUGGGGUAAAUUUUAAUAACAUGAAGGUAUUCAGUGGGGUUGCCCAAGUUUGAUUUAUAUCACUAGUUUUGUUAGUGAUGACUGAUCUGUAGCUGCAGCAGGUUGUCUGAGUUCGUGUUGUGUGUUGUUUUUUUUUUCUUCUUUUUUUUUUUUUUUUAGAUGUUUCAUAAAUCUCUGUGUGACAUUGACUUUGAAAGUUGGGUUUCCACUCUUAAGCCUUGGUUAGGUUUGAAUGGAGGACUGCAUGAACAGGCAAAGGGACACAAUAUAGAGGAUGAGCAAUGUAAUGUCAGGUGGAGUUACUGAGUUUAUAUGUCUAGGGGUAAUGAGUUAGUGUGAGAUGAUCAUGAUUAACACAAAAAGUGUCAGGCAUCUCAACAGAUUUUAAGAUGCGAUGAUUGAUCCACUUUAACUGAAAACAUAAGGAUUUUCCCCUCAAAACUGAUAAUCCAAAUCAUCAAUAUGAGUUUCAGAAUCAACUCAGAUUGAGUCAGUGGAAUUGCUGCAUCCAUCUACACUGCAGAUACAGAAGUCUUGAAUGCUCUAAAGUUAACAAAACCCCUUCUGAACCUGUCAGGGUUCUUUCCACGGUCUUACAGCAGCUAAAUCAUCCACAUUAUAAACCCAUUAAACACCCUGAAUAAAAAUGUUCUACCCCAAAAGUGUGAAGGACCACAAGUCCCCUUCAACGUCAGAUCAGACUGUUUGUUUGAUAACUAGAUAUCCCAACAUCAGAUGAAGGCUACAGGUCUGGUUCAAUGACACAAUUUAGAGAAAAGGUGGUUAUCAGACAGUCAGGGAUAGCCAGUCAAGUAAAAACUGAAAUAUAUAUAUAUAUUUUAAGUCUAAAACUCCAAAUGACUGUCUUAACGUGAUUUGAAAGAGAUGAUGACAAAAAACAGGUUGCUCUGAUGAAAAGACGGUAGAGUCAGGAAGUGGGUGUGAUGACAUUUCACCUUGAGGUCAAGCACCGUCUGUUUUAGUACUCUAAAAUUUUCCCUUUUUGCAGAAAUCACAGCAUUACACUGAUGUGGCAGCGGGUCUGAAUCAAAAUCAGUCCAGUGAAGCAGGAAAUGUUCUGCCUAAACUACCUGAGAAGAGGAAGAUUGAGUUACCUGCACAGAGCAUCGUCCUUCUUUAUGAUACAGGCCUAGAUAUGCUGAUCGCCAGAUUACUCAUUCAGUCAGUGAAGGGAUAUUACCUAUGAGAUAGUUAUCUCUGUUUAACAGAGGAACACCAGACUCCAUGAUCAGAUUUCCUGUUUUCAUGCAACACAGAGUUAAAACUACAGCUGAGUGCCUGCAAACAGAGAGCUGGAGGAAGAGACAUAUAUGUCAGUGAGAGGCUGAACAUGCUGAAUUAGAAAUAAUUCUCAGAGAUUCCCUUCUGGCAUCACAGCUCAAUACCAACUGACCUUCCCAGGUUUACCUCUGGCUGCUGUGUGGUUCACUUGGGGGUCACUUUCUUUCUACCUUGUCUUUUAAGUGGUUCAGGGUGGAUUCAAGGUGUUUGACAGGUAAAAAACAGAAAAGCCUGAGAAGACAACGAUUGUACUUCAUUUAGCUGAUAUUCCUCCUCAAAGACCUUUCUGCAUUUGUUUGGUGCAGAAAUUGAGUCAAGAAAGCCCUCGUUCAUUUACAUGUCAUUAAAUGCCAGUGCUGAAAGUGUCAUUGUGAGAGCUUGGUGCCAUACCAGCAUACUUGAAAUCUUUGCAUGUGGUUAGAUGUGAUUCAAACAUGCAGACAAAACUGCACAGGCCUGCAGUUAUAGCCAAGAAGCACUGUUUAAUAUUUUUUAACUGCAUGUUAUAUCCUUAUAUCAAUCUUGAACAUGCUGAUCUAAUAUCGUGCAAGUUAGCCUCUGUGCAUGUUACCCCUUCUGGUCAAACAGUAACAGCAGACCUCCAUGGUGCUGUUUUUAUCAAUGUCGUGUAGUUUUCCCCCCAAAGCAAUUUAAAAAGAUGUUACAAAUGUCAACAUUUCCUGAAGUGUUUCCACUUCUCUCGUCUAAUUAUAGCUGGCAGAGCUGUGGAGAAAGGGUGAGAAAAAGCAGGUUCAGUCCUGCUCUGGGUUUGUCCCACCUGUAUUACCUGUCCUGGUGCUGACAGUGUACUAAGAUCUGUAAACGGGUUAGUACUGGUGAAUGGAUUUUAGAGCUCAGAUAUUGGUUAAGUUAAAAGAAGACGAAAAAACUUCCAGUUAUACCACCACUUUAGUGUAAAUUUGGAGUGGGUUAGGGUUAGGGUUAGUAGGAUACAACUUACCCAGUAGGAUACAACACUCCUAGUUUGAAAGGCUUUCCUUGCAGCAAGGGGAAUAAAAAUGUGCACAAGAUAUUCUGUACAAAUUAUAAAACGUAAAAAUACCAUGUCAUUAUUGCUGUGUGGCAAAAGUCUGGCCUGUUGAUAAAUCCACAUUAACCGGUGCUUGUUUAUUAAAUGCAGCCACAGAAGCAGACUGGGAUGCAUAUGUAGAGGGACACUGUAGCAGAGCUCAUGUGCUUUGGCCAUAUGCUGAAAUCUUCAGUGCUAGAACACCAUAUGGCAGAAUCAGAAAGAUAAGCAAGUUUUCUGCUUGGGCACAGUCUGGAAGGUGAAACUUGUAAUUUUGAGUCCAGUUAAUCAGAUCUGAACCAAGGUUUUAAGAAAUGUUUCAACUCUGUGAAUAAGUCUCUUUCCAAACAGUCAUCCUGGAUGUCACUGUGAGAGGUUUAAUCAACAUAACUGUCGUCGAAAGAAACCAAACUGCAGCUUUUCCAACAACAUACUUUUCAUUAACCUGCAUUUCUAAGAGGAAAGAAAUUUUGACAGGAUGUAUCGGUGAUUUAAUGACUUGCAUGUGCUGGAGGAUUUUUGACUCACUUUGCAGAUUUUUUUCCUUCCAGUCCUGUUUUUGAUCGGCACGAGCGCUACUGCCAGACUUAAGACUGAAAUUGUUUGUUGCAUUUACAGACGUAUGAAUUGUAUCAAUUUACAGUUAAUUUUAAGUUAAUGAACAAAGCAGUCAUUUCGUGAUGUACCAUGAAAUUGUUCUGUUUUUAUUAUUUUUAUUUACGAGCCUUUGGGAGAGGGUUGUUGUGUAGUGUGUAUCUUCUAUCAGAGAUUGCAGAUACAGCAUUAUUAAUCAUACCACUGUUUGUGUUUAAAAGUCUGUACAACCACUUUUCCACCUCUUGAGUCCACAGUGAGUGUAAAUCACUGCAGGCUUCUGCUGUUUGUUGUAGAUCCCAGCCAAGCUUGUCUCUGUCUGUGAACUUGGCACAGUUCAGUUAUUGGCUGUUACUGAUUGUUUUCUCUCUCCUUGUGUUUUGUUGCAGGGACCAGUUAUUCUCCACAGGAAAACUCUCACAACCACAGUUCCCUUCAUAGCUCCAACUCACAUUCAAACCCCAGCAAGACCUCAGACACAGUAAGUAUAACCUGUGCUGCAACAUGGGGCCCAUAAUGGACUAAACAUCUUUAUUUCAAUGCCGCAUGUUGAAGCCUUUCUCAAUCAUGGCUGGUUUGGGGUAGAUGCACAGUUUUCACUUCAAGUUUUGAUGAUUUCUCAUAAGUUAAAAAAGCAUAAAGAGAUGUUGAUGUAAAGCAUAAAAAUGGGUAAACAGUUACUAUUCAUCUGGAUUCAGGAUGAAACUGCCCUGUACAGGUUGGUUGAUCUCUACAGACGUAGGGAGAGCAGUGUAAUCCUCUGGGAAAUAACAGGCCAGUGAGAAUGCCUCCUUUGGGGCUUGUUUUGCCUCUGUUAGGUUCAGAUUGUUGUUCUGAGUGUCUGGCAAAACUGCCAUAAAGUGUCACUGCAGUGAUGGACUUUUUAUCGAUUGAUCCUUAUUUUGAACCAGUGAAGCCAUUGCAUUUCUGCGCUGGUGUUUAUCAUCAAAGACAGUGAUUCAGCUCAAAGAAUAAAGGAGUUGUUGGCCUACCAUGGCUUGGAUUGGUGAGUCUUCGGUGUGAUUGUGUACAGCAAGAAUAUAGUGUCGAAUCAGAAAAAAAAAGAAGAAAAUCCAAGCAACAGUCUAACCAGCAAAUCCCAUAUUCUGUGAGGUCUGAUGGCUCUGGAGAGUGAUAUAAAGGCAGUUUGAGGUUGUACUGAAUGAGUUAUUCAGUUAGCAGUCCCCGGGCCAAACCCAGCUCAUAGGCUACCUCUGAGUGGUCCCACCAUGACCAGCAUACAUCAAUCUAAAACCAUUUAACAGUUCAUCUGGUGUGGCCUGAAGUAUUUCUUUGUCCAGAGUUGCACCUGCGCAAUAUCAUUAAAGGACAUUUUAAUGUUUAUUAUUUUAUCAAAAAGUAGUACUGGUAUCGUGACAGCCCUCCGAUGCAGUAAUUUAUGAAUAGGCCUGUAACAUGUGAGGUAUGACUUUGAAAAACACUACUCAGACUCUCAAGUAGUGAGAAUGAGCACUGGCUGUUUUGGAUGAAGUGAGCAUAUGUAACGACGACACUGACUGCUGUUCAUCAGUUUUCAUGCACUCAGUGUAACUCUGCCAGAUUUGUGACUGAAAGUUUUUGAAAUGUUCAAUAAUUUCUCAUUCUCAUUCCCACUAAAAAUGUCUGGCCUUGUUUUGCUGGUCUUUAAAUUUGCCCCCUCUAAAAAUGUUAUUAAUUUGUCCUGGGUCAGGGUUAGAGUUAGGGGUUAGGCGUAAGGGGAUAGGAGUCAAAGUUGGGGUUAGGAUUAGGGGUUGAAAAGUAAUUGAAUGUCCCCGGUGUACACAAAGUUAAACAAAAUGCAACAAGAUUUUAGGGUUUCCUGAAGUAGGACAGAGGAGCAAAAACUGAUCCAUCAGUGCAUUGUUAUUAAUUUGUAACAAUAAUGUAAUUUGUUUUACCCCAAUAUGGAUUCAGGCAGCUCUGGUGUUGACCCUUUAUAAAAGCCAACUGUCAGCCAAACAGCUAACUACUCACUGAACCCCAGCUGCAACUUUGUCUGUCCUUGAUUUCAACAGAACGUGUCCAACAACAGUUAUGACCCAUGUUUCCUGUACAUGUAGAAGCACUUCUCUCUGCUGCUGUGGAUAUGAGCCGUGAGAUUAAUAAAAAAGCAGCGAGCCACAUCGUUUGCUCUGACAUCAUCACAGUGCAGUGUACGGAUUUCCAUCUUUUGAGCAGCAGAGUCCUCCUGUCCACCCUGUCACUCACUGUGGUGUUAAUUUUCUCCAGACUUCAUUUGUUAAGUUUCUGGAGGACUGUAUUAAUGAUCGGCUGUGUUGAGCAUGCCGAGGAUUUAGUCGCGUACAUCAUACUUGAGCUGACUGUUGGUAAGCCUGUACAAGAGUCACCUUUUAACUGUCCUUCUGGGGCAGCCGCUAAAUCUUGACAAGGCUUCCUCUCAGUCUUUUUGUCUUAAGGCACAGGUGUUUACCUGUGAACUUGACAACCUGAUCACAUUUAUGUCCAGCUGUUCUUUUUGCUCUUGACUAGGCCUGGGCGAUUUGGCAAAAAAAAAUGAUCACGAUUUAUUUUGUCAUAUCGUCCGAUCUCGAUUAUUACCCCGAUUUUUUAAAACUGCGAGUUUUAAAACAUCUCUACUAAAAACUAAAAAAAACUAGAGACUAGUUCAACAUUUUAUUAACAUACAAAGUCAAUAACAAAGCAAAUUGAAUAAGAUUCACUUUAAUUCAACAUUUUAAUUCAACAGUACAACAAAUGUAGAUAAAUACUAAGUAAUACAGAGAAUUAGUUUACAGUCCUGAGUGUUUUUGCAGGUAUGCAAGACCCAAAAUAAACAAAUCGCCCCUCAGAGAUAAUGAAGGUGCUUUAAAAUGUAAACAUUAGGUGAUGUUAACAUAGAUGAUACGCAUACCUGCCAACAUUUGGGUUAUAUAAUCCAGGAGUUGUUGUGGGGCACGCUGGGCAGUUUUGGGGUGACCUCUUAUGGUGAAUACGAGCUAAUUAUGAGAGUAUUUGUAAUUAAAUUGCUCAUCCAAAUAAGUAUAAGUGAAGCUGCACACUUUUGUUUAGUUUUAACAAUAACAAAUGGUAAUAAAAAGAUAAAAGGUAGGAUAUGCCUUUUAACUUAUUUAGUCCACUAAUAUUAGUGUUAAAGUCCUCAUAUGUUUUACAUACUCUCUCCUGUAUGAGUCUCUCUGAACAUCUGUGCAUGUAAUACAGCACUUUUUUAUCUGAGGCUGCCCUGAAUGCAUCACUCUCGCAUAUCUCGCGUUUGUUUUCCUUUCAUUGAAGUUUUCAUUUUCCAACAAACACUGCUUUAAUAUAGUUUACAGCUGAAACCGACCUGAAUCAUCCAGAACUGUAAAGUAAAAGUUUCAAUCCAGUGUCUGUGAGGCUCAGCAGAAAUACAGGACAAACUUCGGUUGUCUGGAAACCCGGAAACUUUAGACAAAUAUAGUGAUCCAAUUUAUGAAUGAAUGCUGACAAUUAGGCCUGUCACAAUAACAAAUUUUGCUGGACGAUAAUUGUGCUACAAAUUAUUGCCGAUAAACGAUAUUAUUGACACCGUUUUUUGAAUUAUAGAAAAUGACAAUAUAUGGCAUAAUAAUACGAGUACACCAUGUCAAAAGUGAUAAACUCUCAUUUCUGCAGUCUGUCAGCGCGCACCAUUUUGCGCUGUUUUGUUUAUAUUUGCUUUGAUUACCAAACGCUUCAGUAAGCGGUACCUGUCAGGACGAUGGCUCCGCAGCACCUCCGGCGGUACUUUUUUUGCUCAGUUGGGAAAAAUGGAGGGGAUGAUUGUGCUUGAGCUGCGCGUGCAUGUUCGUCGUAUUCCCCUUCUUUGUCACCACAACUUUGGAACAAAUACGACAUAUCGCCUCGUCCGUAUUUGUGGGCUCACCUCUUUCAUUUGGUUUAAAGCCGAAAUAUUCCCACACUUGGGCUGUUGCGUUCGGUUUAGACAACAAAGCUGUCGUGUUCAUUCUGUUUACUUGCUUUUCACUCACGACGCUCACUUGCAGCACUGUAUCCAAAAGUCUGUGUCUGCGCGCCAGCCCCCCCCCCCCCCCCCGACUGACAGGAGGGUUCGCUAACUCCGUUCAUAUAGAGCCAACGCCCCCAGGUGCAAAAAAUGCACAGAGUGAGACCUCUUCUCUCAUCCAGCGUGUUUGGUAGCGAGAGAGGAGGAAAACAAACGCACGUUAAUUAUCGAGGCUGGCAAAAUGACCGACCUCGUUUUUAUUUACCGAGCGAUAAGGCGAUUUAUUGAUUAUCGCGACAGGCCUACUGACAAUGCUACAAGAGAUUCCCGGGAGAAAUGACAAUACGGGGGGUGGGCGGGAGAUAGGUCUGAAAUACGCUAGAGUCCCGGGAAAAAACGGGAGUGUUGGCAGGUAUGGAUAUAAUUGAUCGUUGUUUUGGUCUGGUGGCUGCACCGCUGGUUGUGGCUAAACUGCUAAUGCUACUCGUACCGUCAGCAGUGACAGGCUGUACAGACUCCACUCGCAUUUUCAUGCUUCCCGCAUAAUCACUCGGGAAGAACAGAUUUGUUAUUUAGCCGGUUUAUCGGCUUAAUUGCUCGACGUCACUUUGGAGAGACAUUGAAUAACUUCUCAACUAUAACAUCCAUUCCUCAGAGGAUGACUCAAAGUCACGGCUGGCAUCUAUCUUGCUGCCCUCAACUCCGCGUUUAGCUCCAUGUUCGGUCAUUCUGUUUACUUUUCCAGUAACUUACAGAAGUGAGCAGGAAAAGCUCGACUGAUCGGCUGUUGUGACGCACGUUUCCGCCAUGUUUGAUCGAGUAAAUAUGCUCACAGCUGAUCACCGUGAUCGAACUGAAAUUAAUUGCGAUCAUCGAUCACGAUCAUAUAAUCGCCCAGUCCUACUCUUGACUCUUUUAUUCUGUUGAUUAGUGGACAACAGUGAUUUUAUUUUGGCUCAGUCUUGUUGAAACAAUACAAGCUUUCUGUAUUAUAUGUUUCUUAACGAAUGAAAUGGCUAUUUCUGGCAUGUCUGCAUGUUAUGGAAUCAAUAUCGUAGCAUAUUAAUCAAUGUUAACCAACUAUGCUGAAUCAAAUUGUUACCCAAAGAAUUGACAUUAAAUUGAGAGGGUCUUAAAAACACCUGUGAUCCUCGACCUAUAAACUAUACCAGCAGAUCCAUCACAGCCCAUCAAAGAUGAGGCAGAAGUUUCAGGAGGUUUCAUGGGUUAAGAUGAUGUGAAACAGACACUUGAGAUGAACCAGUUUAGAUCUAAAGCUCUCUAAUAAUUAAAUUGAAUUUUCUUCGGGGACUAAUAAAGUUCUUAUCUUAUCUUCUUAAUAAAACAAAAUUAAAAAACAGAGUGGUUGCUGCAUGUUUAGGAAUCUGUAUUAAUAGCUGUUUGGAUGGUAAAAAGUUGACAGAUGGAGGAUCAGACGAACAUGCAUCCUGGGAGGUCUUUAUUCUAGAAGGAUGCCAUUACUUCCCUGACUGAAGGGGUGAGCAAGGGAGCAUUAUAAUCCAGAUUUAUAACUGAUGAUGGAAAAAUGACAUGUUAAUGCUUCAGAUCAAACCAAUACAGAUGGAAAGGGCUGCUGCACCAAAGGAAAAGCCUUUUGAUGCAGGAGUGUUUGUAUCAGUUAAAGCAUCACCUGUCAUUGAAGUGUAAGGAUGUUGAGGCAGCUGUUUGUCCCAUCAGCUUGUCUGUGCUAUAAUGAUGGAUAGGCACAGCACAGUAUAGAGGAACCCUGUAAAAACUAUUGGAUUAUAUAAUGAAAUGUGACUAUAUCACAGACCUUCAUAAAGUAGAAACUCUUUCACUUUGGUUACCUCAACAAUGUGUAGCUCCUCUGAAAUAAGCCAUUGCUCCCACUUAAGGCGCUCCUCUGAAAACAAGCCAGCCGCAGCAGUCUACCAUCCCCAACAUCUUUGUACGAUUCAGAUUUCAUUACAAGCUCUUGCAUCAGACCCCCUCACACACACACACACACAGAGACACACACACAUUUGCUCACACUUUGGUCUCUGGCUGACCUUGUGUCCCAAUAUCUCUCCUGUUUUCUCUCAGCCUUAUGAACCUGGUGAUGACUGGUCAGAGCACAUCAGCUCGUCUGGAAAGAAAUACUAUUACAACUGCAGGACGGAGGUGUCCCAGUGGGAGAAGCCCAAAGAAUGGCUGGAAAGGUAACUAUAGUUCUCUGUUUCAAAUCACCUGAUUACACAUUCUUGUGUUAACCAGCAUCAUUUGUAUGUGUAAAUAUAACAAAGGUGGGGUCCAUACCUGAUGUCUGUUUAUUAUACAUGCUUGUGUUUCACAGAGAGCAGAGGCAAAAAGAGGCAACAAAGACAGCAGUCGUCAACAGUUUCCCCAAAGACAGGGACUACAGAAGGGAGGCUAUGCAAGCAUCGGCAGCCCCUGGCUUUACUAGUGCAAGUAAGUGUGACACACAAUGAUGCAACACAUUAUCCCAGAGAGGCUGCUGCAACUGAUUCAGUGUCUGUCAUGUCUAUAUUUUUAUGCCUCUGUGCUGAAGACAGCUGUGACAGGAGGCUUUAUUAUUCUGGGUGGCCUGUCUCUCUUGGUCUUAAGAGUUUAUUGUCAUAGGGAAACCUCCGAGCAUUUUUCUAGUUUGGCUCUCGGGCUCAUGAUUGAACCAGCUCCAUUUUGGUGGUUUAAAUUCAGAGUUACUGCCUGAUUAUUUCUUGUUUGUGACUGGAGUGAGUUUUAUAACAUUAGGGUGCAUUAAAGCAAAGUAACUAAAGUUGAAAUGAGGCUUUAGCAUAAGAGCAUAAGAAGACACUGUUGGCUUUUGGAGGAUGAAAAAGGCUUAAACGGUCUUCCUGCAUCAAGAUGCUUGUUACUUUCAGCAAAGUUCAUAACUUGCAGUUUUUGUGCAACUGUAGAGCUUUUAGUGGUACCACCUGGUGUUACCAUCCUGCUACAGGAGUUGAGCUCGGUGGUUGUAGUGUUUGUGGCUGUGAGCUACAGAUCUUGAAGUCUUCUUAGUCAAACCGGUGCUUAGAUGCGGGAUAAAGACCUGAAGGAGGAGUCUGUAUCCUAGCAACGGUAUGAUGGAGAACAUCACACAGAACUUCAGCCAUUGCCUCAGGUGGGAUGUAAAGAAGUAUUGUUACGAUAUGACUAAACUCCCUUGGAACAUAAUAUGGCCAAAGAGCAACUACCAACAGUUCAAUAUGGACAACACAAAUAGUCAUCAGGGUUUUUCCUGGCUCAAAUUGAGGCAGAGGUGGCACCAUCCUGACCAUGCGCCACGACGUGCAUGUAUUUGUAAAUUCAACCGAUUCACUUUCUUUUACAGGCAACAUACUUUAAGUUAAGAGUUCAAAAAAGAGUGUGACCAUUAUCAUGUUAAAGCAUUAAUUUAUUAAAACUAUAUACAUACACAAAUCAGCUGGCAACUUUAAAUUGAAAGUACACUUCAUCCACACAUCUCGCAACCAGACAGAACAUUUCAGCCUCCUCUUUUUCAUUCUGUAGAACCUCCUCAUGCACCCCUUGUAGUCCAAGGCCUCCUGGUCUGGUCCAUCAACGGCCACCUUACAACAGACAUCCAAGUGCCUCUCCUUCAGUCUGUUCCACAGAGGUGUCUUCACCUUAAACAAAACAAUUCAUCAUGCAUUAAGUAUUUUUGUUUUUAUUCUGAUACAGACAUGAAGAGUGAUAGUGUUUUCAAUCAUAUAUUAUAUAUAUGUAUACGCUGCAGUGUCCUCCCUAAAAAAAAAAACGACAACCAAUUAUUUCUUAAACUAUCUAAACUAUGUUAUUUUAUUUUUUGUAACUUUAUUAGUUGAGUGUUUUUAGGUACUACAAUCUUUAAUAUAUUUCUCCUUCUCUUCUGCUGCUUUGUGAAUGGCUGUCACCUCAUGUCUUUUUAAUGUGUCCAGCCUGUAGUUGGUUGAUGGCUGUCUCACUAAGGAGGCAGCAAUUACCUGCUGUGUUGGGGCACAGUGCUUUUGGCAUAAAUAGCAGUGCAUGCCUUCCUCAGUAUGCCUGAGCCAGGUAAAAUGAUUGAGCCAUUGCUUGUCAAAGCCACUGGCUCUGUGUUUUUGAGAAGAUCUGGAAAGAGGAAUAAAAACCACGUACACGUCGGCUUUGCGUUGUUAUGCUCCUAAUUGGAAACUAAUUAAUUAAUUACCCUCGCCUCGCCGACUCGUCCUGUCCUGCAUUCUGACCCUCGCGAUCACCAGUCCCUUGUGGAGUACUUUUAGACCUGACACAAAUUUCCACGUUGUCACCAACAUGAAUUAUAGCAUUUUAACUGUCUGUUACGUUUUUUCUCUGCUGUGUUUCACCUGGACUCUUGACUUUCCUCCUCGCGAGGUCGCUUUUUAAAGUACUGGCUGAUUUUGCCUGUCAUAACUGCAACGCUAAAAACGGAGUAAACUUUUUUUUUUUAAAUAAACACGACAUGCUUGGAUGCCAAAAAGAGAAGCAGUAUUUACCUGUUUGUACCAUCCGCCAGGGAAAAUCAGGACGCCGACAGCACCAACUAGCGGGAAAAAAACUUGAAAAAGCAUGAUUCGAUCCGUUUCUUCUUCGGUAGAUGCUUCAGGUCUUUCCGGUGCACUGCUGUUGAUAUAGCGCCUCUAUAGUGGCGCAACCCUGCAACUGCAGUUAAAAUACGUUGCUGCUGCAGAGGGACAUCAAUCGCUCAAUCAACACAGCUGGAGCUUUACGCUGUGUUGAGCGAAAUCAAUCGCUCUGGCUGGGGGCGGCACAAAAUUAGGUGGAGGCGGCCGCCACGCAAUUUUGAACGCAGGAAAAACCCUGGUCAUUGACAGUAAUGUGUGAAUGUGGAUGUGUUCUAAUUAGCGCUGGGCGAUGUGGAAAAAAAUGUAUAUCACGAUAUGGAUCAUUUUAUAUCACGAUAACGAUAUACCACGAUAUAGCUAUGGUAUGCUUUCAGUUCUAUGAAAAAUUAAAGUGUAUACAGCUGCCCUUGUACAGUGCCAGUACAAGACCAGCACUUAAAAGUAGAAAAAUGAAGAAAUAAAUACGUGGCUGAAGUGCGUUCAUGUUCAAGAUAAAAUGCUCCUAAACUGAUGUCAGGACCACUGUCAAAGGGUGAGAUGAUGUAAGGUUAAAGCUGUAAAAGAUUUAGUUCCACGGUAAGAAAAUCAUCUGAAGUUUGGAGAUUAUACAAAUUGUGAUUCAAAGAUUUUAAUGUUUAAUUGUAAAUAGGGACAUAAAAAACUCUGCAUUUAUUUGGUGUAAAUUUCUGUUUAUUUUAUAUCACAACAUAGUGAUAAAUCAAGUAAUCAGUCAACCCAUCAAUGGUAUUUUGUAAUAAUCAACAUUAUAUCAGCAUCAGCCCUCACAGAUCUUCCACUGAUCUGAUCGGCAGUGACAUUAAAUCAAACAAAAAACAGUAGCUGGCUCGUGUAAAAUUCUGUCACAAUGUUUUAAAUAACGCCGCUCGUUCUGCUUCUGACAGAAAUGCCUUGCUCUUAAAUCUAUAGCAGAACCCAAGUCAUUAUCUCGGCAAUGUUACUUGCUAAGAUAACCAUGUUAAUUUCAUUUUAACAUGUUUGGAAAAAUGGAUUUAUACAUCACUGUCUGUUUUAUUUUAACCAAUGAUCAGCAACACUGAUGGUUGCUAUAACAUGAAGCCGAACGCUGUUAACCAACAGUGAAAUAUGACAGUGUGCUUGAAGUGGCAGUUUUAUGAUAAUCCAGCUCAUCAGGUGUCAAUGCAUAGCCACAGUUCACCUGGAGUUCACCUCCUCAUUACGAUGUUCACUGACAGCUCUCUGCAGAGCUCCUGUUGCCUCUGGCUUUUCAUCCAACUCUCAUCCAAAUUUCUUAUUUUGCUGCCGUUUCUGCCUCAUCCAUGAAAUGGGCUUCAUCAGUAAGCAAGGGGAACUUUUUUUUUCUUUUUCUGAUGGGUGUCUGUGUUUUGCCUCUGUCAUUUUGAAGGUCAAGUUAAGUUAUUUGGGGGUUCAUGUUUUCUAUGAUUGACACUUGAUACAGCCUAUGGGCGUAUGAAGAUUGCAUAGCUCACCCAGGGGAUACGCUGUUUGAGUGUCAUCACAGUGACUCUCUGCGACUCUCCUGCCUAAUGCGUUCAAUGCUACUGCACAAGUGUUGAAGUUCAUACAACACUACUGCGCAAUAUUGGUUCCAGGAAAUGAAUAAAGAUCGCGGAAAUACCGAGAGCUUUCGGUUUCAAAUCUGUAUACUAGCAGAAGGUGAAACAAAGUUGUCCAUAGUUUAUACAGUCUGUGGUUUCAACCAGUGAUGAUUGCUCUAAGACUGACUUAACUAGAGAAGUGUAGAGUGGGUUGUUCUGCUGCUCGAAACUGGACAGUCAUUGGAUAAAUGCUGGGCUUUGUCGCUCAGCGUCUCUGGGGGUCUAUGGGCAGGGGGCUGGCCUGGACGCUCGGCUUCUGCAUGAUGACUGGAUGAUCUGUCUGAGGCAGAAUCCCUUUUUGAUUGACAGCGAAAUGAGCAAAUCAGCGAUCCUAAAGUAUAAGAGAGCAUUUUCCAAGUUUAUCAUUCUUCCAUUGUUCUAAACUGAUCCAGAGACUUUACCAAUCCCCAGAAACUUUGUCUUUGUUAAAAACAACUAGCGUUGUGUUUGGCAACUCUCUUCUGUUAGGACAGGGUCACAGAUUAUUUUCUUAAAAAGGAACGGAGGAUAGAAUUUACAUAGAAAUAAACAAACACAUUUAUCAUGUAGGCCGGGGAAAAAAUGAGCUUUCCCUCCUUGAAAGACCAGCAACCGCCACUGGUUUAACAAAUGACCAACAAAGUGUUUUUAGUGUUGCACAGGAAUCUUUCAGUAGAAGCUCCUUCAGUGUGAUGUUGACAUUACUAUUAAAAAUAGGAAUGGGCAGAAUUAAUCAAUGAUCAGUUCAUUGAUUUUUAAGAAGUAUGUUGAUCACGGGAAAUUUCAAUUGAUCCGAGGUUAUUUAAAAGGGGCUGAUAGCGUGCAUCCAUUCAGCUGCUUUCCAGCAAAGAUGAACAAUGAGGAAAAACCCAGUUUUUUGUAUAUUUUCUGCCAUUCACGAAAAAAAAAACUGAUCAAAUCAAUGAUUGAUCGUUAAUUUAUAUGGUUAAUCGACCGAGGGACUGUCUUAAAAUGCCCAUUACUAAUAAAAAGUUUGUCGGUUUUUUUUUUUCAAAAGCAGGAGUUUCCACAGGUCUGGUCUCAACCAUCUCCAGAUGUUCUUGCAGAUAGUUUGCCAACUUGUUGAUCAGUAUAAUGAAGUUGAAGCUGAUGUUCUCUAAGUCUCUUGUAUUCAAACCAUGCUAUUAUCAUAUUAUCAUAAUACGCCCGCGCUUAUCAUUUAAACUAACAAUGUUUCUAACAGUAAAAAAAAAAGAACUCCACAAUAACACUCAAAAGUGAUUUGGUAGUCUUAGAAGCAAACAUACUGCCAUAGAAACUCAGCAGAGAUUUCAUUCUGUUACAUUUACAAUCAUGUAAAACAUAACAGUGAAUCCUUUUAAGCUAUUUGGCAGUUACCUUGAAUAUCACCUCAGGUGCAGCUGCAUCAUAUUGAUGUAAUAAAACAACUGCAGUCAAAGCAGGAUAUUUUUACUAUGUCAGGGCGCUCCUCAUUUAAACUUACUCCUACGCAAGUGAGCUAUCAAUGACGGUGUAAUUUAUCAUGACUAACCCGUUUCUACAUACCUGUCAACAACUCUGAAAACGCUCCCUCAUACACAGACCUGAUGUUUGUAUUAUCAUCUGGCACAAUUGUGUUCAUGAAUGACCGCUGUAGAAAAGUUCAAACAAAGAACGAACCAAGUGUUAAGUCUGGUUCUAGAGUUGAUUUUUCUAGUUGCAGAUUUUGUCUCUCAGUUCAGACUGUUUCAGCAGGAGCUGCUGUACUGAGGAAAUUAAAGCUGGAGUCUAAAAGAAGCAAACCACACUCAGGACAGAGGUUGUGGUCCUUUGUAGGAGUGUUAAGAUUAAUCUGAAUCAAAUGCAGGUUUUCAGAGUUUAAGAUCCAGGUGCACCUGUCUGCAGCACCUGGAUCAGUAAACAUGCCAAAGAUAGCCAGGUUUCAAAGUUACUAUCUGAGCUCUUGCUGUGCGAGUUUCAAUCUCGAGGGACUUUGACGUUGACAUUUAACCUUCUGGUUUGGAUUUACUGUUCCGCACUUUAGAAAUCAAGUCAUAUGGACUUAAUUUGAAGGAUAGAAAACUCAGUCCUUCUUCCUGUGCGCUCUGUGAAAAAAGACGUGUGUGAAUGCAUGCAUCAACACAUGAAGCACUAAUAUUCAACCCUUUGCCUGAGAUUAUCACGACACCUAAAGCCUGUUUGAUUAUGAAGGUUUACAAGCUUACAGGGAUGUUUGGAGGUAUGCUCUGUGGUUAAUUGGUGAAAUUGGAGUGAGAAGGUAUCAGGCAGUUGUCAGGGUUUCUAAAUGAAGGCAAAGCAGCAAAAACUACAAAAGUUUCUAAAUGUGAAAUUAAAUAAUUCAAACCCACUUGUAGAGUUGUUAUCAUCGUAACAGUAGUAACAGCGUUGCUCUUCUGUAGGGCUGCAGCUAUCAAAUAUUUUAGUAAUCCAGUGUUCAACCAAUUAUCUUUUUUUCUCUUUCGUCAUCGCUUUUUGUGUUUCCCUCUUCUUUUCCCCUCUCAUUAAUUAUUUUUUCCACUCCGCAAAACCAAAACAGCACUUAAUCCUCCUUCUACCUUGGUGACGAAAGUCCGUUGUGUCACCUUGAAAAUAAUCUGUGCGAAACAGUGACGAUUUGAGGUUAUACACGAGUACUCGAGGCAGAGAAAAAUCCUCAAUCAUUUUUUGUAAUUGAGGUACCCAAGGAAUCGUUUCAGCCCUACUCCUCUGACUAACCUGACUCAGUGAGCUCUGUCUUAGAGUGUUUGUUUUUAUGUACUUUUGAUGGCUUUCAUUCGUGUGUUCUGGAAAGUCUAGUCCUUGUUGAAGGGUCUAACAGGGUCCUGCAAAGAUCUGCAGAGAGGCCAAGGUCUCUGUGAUAGUCAUGAUUGGCUUUCAUGUUUCUCACCUGGCAUUAGAUUGUACAAAGGGUCUAUUCUUUUGUCUCUUGGAGGAUUGUAUAUCUGAUGAAAAAGAAGUCACCUCUCCCUUUCUGCUGUCCACAGAGUCCGCCCAGGUGGAGAAACCUGCAGCCACCCAGUCCCAGUCCUCGUCCUCAGGCUCAGGGAGCUUAAACCCUUCGUCAGGGCCUCCUGGAUCAUCUGCCUCCACAGUGCCCGUGUCCCCAGUCCUGCAGUCCCCUGCCCCUCCUCUGCUCCAGGACCCCACCCUGUUGCGCCAGCUCCUCCCUGCACUUCAGACUGCCCUGCAACUCAACAACGCCAGCGUGGACAUGGCGAAAAUCAACGAGGGUGAGGAAAAAGCUGAAGAUACACUGUCAACACUCAUCAGGUUCACAUUCAGCUAGCUGUGUUGGUUAUUUGAUUGGUCUGGAGUCUGACUAGUCAGGGACAUAGACAUGUAAACUCUCCUGUCAGCCUGAGUGCAGGAGUCUCCUGUUGUUCCUUGGUCUCAGUGUUGCUGUCUGGAGUAAGACUGCCUCUUGUGUUGGUCUCAUUGAUGGUGGGAUGAGGAGCUUUAUCGGAUCCCCUGUCCUGAGAUCUCCUGUCUUAAGAAUUGAGGCAAAAAGCCCAAAAGUAAAUCUUGAAAAAAUAAAAAACAAAUACACCUGCUGUGUUCCUCCCUGGCAUUUGACAGACUGAUCACCACCUACUGGACUGGCUUGCUUAUGAGCACUUUCAACUGUUUCUGCUUUGUCAUGCAGAGAAGUAUUCAGAUCACUGGUGGGGAUAGUAUUUGUUUUGAAAAUUAGGUAUAUACAUCAGGGUCUGAAAAUAUCCACAUCUGUGUGGACAAAGCCUUGGUGGUUAAACAAGGAAACGCUUAGUCCACGUAGAUCAGUCAGUGUAAUCCUUCACCUUUGUUUUUGUCUAGGAUUUAUAAUCAGAGUUACAGCAUGACACGUUUCAAACUGUUGAUCAGGUUUUUACUCCUAGAAGUCUCCUCUCCAAAGUGACUGAGGGUGUCUGAGGGGUUAAAACUCUGACUGAAGCCUUUUUAACUUAAAUAUGUGUUCCUUCAGCACUCGGCUUUAGGAACUACUCAUCUAUUGUUGGAGAAAAUUGAUGAUGUUCCUUAAAAACUCCCAGUGUAGUCUUCUUGAACGCUUUAAUGACACCCCAUACUGCUCACAGUCAGCACUCAGUAACAACCUGAUGCACCUUCCAGGUAAAAGGUAGGUCUGUGGUGGAGGUUGAAGUAAGAAGUUGCAGCACUACACUGACUUCUGCUUCUUUUUCUCAAAUAGUCCUAUCGAAUCCAGAAGACAUACACUGUUGCCAGUCUGACUGUUGUAUGAUCAUACUGUCUCCUGCAGCUCAGUCCUUUUUAAAGGUGGAGCAGGACCUCCAUCUCUGUAACCCUCUUCAUCAGGAGGAAACAGGAGAAUCCAGCUCGGCUAAAUCCACUAUUUCAUUAUUGUUACUGUGUUCAUAAGUUGUCAGUCUGAGCAUUCCGCAGUUUGUGAACAUGUCUUCCUCACUAAUGCUAGCUUACCUUUGACUUAAGGGGUUUCAGCUGCAGUUAAUGCUUCCAGGCUUUAAGCAGACACUUCUCCAGCUGAUCUGUGUUUGAACUGUGUAUGACUGUCCAUGAAUGGCUGGUCUUGCUUAUGUUUGUAUAAACGAAAAACAAAGAGGACUACUGUAGGGUUGGCAUGUUGAGACAAAGAUCUGCAGGGCAAGAAGUUUGAAUCAGGUUAAUUGAAACAUAUUAUCUCAUGACUGUUUGGUCUUGUUUUCUGUGACUGACUGACAAGAGCAGUCACAGAGCUUCACUUCUCCAGAGCUCUGAGACAGUCUGGUAACCGGUACCUGUGAAUGCUGAGUCUGCAUUUACAGGGUUUCUCCUGCAUGUCUAAGUUAGAGGUGGCUGCCUCAGCCUUAUUUUCAUACUGCUGCAGGUCCCCGUCAGUAUUGAUGAGUGUUUUCAUGAGGACCACAGUAUGUAAAGGACAGCACCCCAUCAAUCUUGUCAUUCGCACUUGCAGUUAGUGCAUUAUGCCAGUGUAUUUGUGUGGUGUGGAGAGAGGAAUGCAGGGAGAGCAGUAGGAGGGGAGAGAAGCUGGAGAAGGAGAGAGGAGAGCAGGGAGAGGAGCAGGUGUGUGUUUCCCUAAGUCUGUGGGGUAGAGGGCUAUAGUGGCUGUGGAGAUCAGGGGUCUGUGGGUGCUGAUGAGUUAUUUACUGCAAGGCAGCAAGUGACUUUGAUCCUUGUAGUUGUCAAAGUGAAGUAAGAGUCUUGUCGUCAUGGAGUUGAAAGCUUGAAAAGGUUGAGGGAUGUAUUGGAUCAGCAGCCUGUGGAAAAAUGUCGUUUCUGUGUGAUGGAAGAGCUAUAGAUCCUUUAGUUUUUAAUGACAUUGUAAAACUACUUAUCUACAACUGAAGGUCUGACAUUCAGUUUCAUAAAUAUUAUUAUAAACAAGAAGUCGGUGCUCAAAACGAAGAAUUUAUGCAGUCAAUGUUUGCAAUUUUUUAAUUCAUGUAUAUUGGGAGUUCAACUUAAACUUAUUACCACAACUUUUCACUGAGGCAGAACCACAGAGACAAAGGUCAGAGUUCAUACUAAUAGUGGGGUCAACAGGUUACAGUCAGGGUCAUGAAAACAGCUCUGUUAUGUUUUUAUCCAAUCACUCAUAACUCUGUAAGGUGAGAGACUGUAACACAGGAGUUGCUGGUCUCUGUCACUCUUAAAUAAACAUCUCCAGACCAACAUAUGAAUGAUAAGGCUGAAAAUCUGGUGAAGACAUUUAUCAUUUAGAUAAAGUCAGUUCUCUUUCAAAAUAAAAGCAUGGGCUCAUGAGAAACUGGUUUAUGAAAACAAACCAGUCCACAACAAAAUACUGUUAGACACCCAGAGUCUACUGUGCCGGGGACCUCCAGACAGUUGUCUAUUUUGAAUGACGCUGCUGUGAAUUCACAUAUUAGCACUGUGUCAUAUUAAUGCAGCUUUUACGGCCUCUCAUUGUUGAAAACAGUCUCUAAUGUGAGGUUCUCUGUUCUUUGACACAGUAACUAAUGUUUCUAAAAUAUGCCAUAUGUAGCAGCAUGCUGGUGUGUUUUGAUAACGUCCUGACUCUAAACUCAUGUGAAGUUGGUGACUGUUAGAAAUGAUACCGCCUGUGUGCUGAAAACCGCUGCUCGUUUCUGCAGGGCAGCUGUUCAGCAAGUGCAGCCUCUCUGUCAGCAGCACCUUGAAUCUGUGCUGGUUAAUGCUGUGAGUGAGCUGAGGAGUGCAUUUGUUUUCUUUUUGAAAAGUUCCUGAAACAAAGCUGAUCUGAACCCUAAUGUAAAAACAGACCUUACAUAUCUUAGCGUCACAUUUUUUUGCUGACUUUUAUAGUUUUACCUAAUCAGAUGGCCUGUUCAUCUUCCACCACACAGAUCAGUAUUUACAUUUGAGUAGUUGGUUGACCACAUUUUAAUAACACAGGAGAAUAAAUGAAGGGAAAAAAACAUGCUUCCAUAUGUGAUCUCUCUUCAUGUUGUCUCUGUACCAGUUCUUUCCGGGAAACUGCUUACAUUCAGAGUUCUGUUUCAGUUUGUUUGGUUCAGGUUCUGAUUCUGGAUCCCUUUAUCGAUUCCCCCUCUGCGAUAAAUAAAGUUCUUCUUAUCUUCAGUUAACACCAACUUAACACCAACUCAAUGGAACUGAACACCAACUUGAUUUGACACCAACUUAAUUUAUCCAUUUCCACUUUGUUUUCUGAGGAAGGAAGUAAAUGUUAAGUUUCUCCUACCACAGCCAGAACCAAAACUUCUUCAAGUGGAUAUUUCUGUCUGGAUCACAGGACUCAAUGUGACUCUGAACCCACAGUUACACCAGGAUUUUUAAUGUCAGUGCACACUCUUACAGUAUCUCAUAUAUUGACACAUCUUUUUGUUUCUGUCCAGUUCUCACAGCUGCUGUCACACAAGCUUCAUUACAGUCGAUGCUCCAUAAGAUCCUCACUGCUGGACCGUCGGCUUUUAAUAUCACUACUAUCCUCUCUCAAGCUGCUCAGCUCUCCAACCAAGGUAACCCACACCAACCAAGAAAGAUGUUUUUUAUUCCUCUGUAUGAUAGUUCAGUGAGUGAGAACCAUGAAGUCUGGCUUCUCUAAUCAAAGUGCUGCCAUGGUCCUGCAGAAAAUACACUCUUAUGAUUGUCCUCUGCAGAUUGUUUGAUUUCUAAGAUGGUGUCUUUGUGUUUCUGAACCUCAAGCAGCUCAGCAAUCCAACCAGUCACCCAUGUCGUUAACAUCAGACGCCUCAUCGCCCAGGUCUUAUGUUUCCCCGAGGAUCAGCACACCACAGACCAAUGCCGGCCCCCUCAAACCCCUCCUCAGCACGCAGCCCGUCAUCUCACAGCACAAAGUAAGUGAGAAUGUGUUCAACAAGUUUAUACUGAGCUCUGAGAAGCAGAGUGAAGGCCAGCUGGACAAGGUUUUGGACAAGAGUUCACUGGAAACAAUCUGUCGAAUGGGGGGAAAAAAAACACUUGGCAUGUAUGAGCUGGAAGAUUUUUUCCAGUGAAGAUUUGAGUUUUUCUUUUUCUCAUGCAAUUUUCAGACACAAAGCAAAAUGAACACAAAUACAAAGAGAAGAUUCUCCAUAGUGGUUUGUAUUUAUAACGGGAUACAGAUACUGUAAUCAUCAACAUCCUACAGACCAGUCCAAAUAAAGUGACCUCCUGCCACCAGCAUCUUUCAAGUGGGAAGGACCUCUGUCAUGCUGCUCAGUGCAGAAUUUCAAGCACCAACAUGACCCCCUGGUAGUGAUGCACGAUAUGAAAAAUUUCAACCGAUACCGAUAACCGAUAAUUUUCUUCUUCUCAUGGCCGAUACCGAUACCGAUAACCGAUAAAUUCAUAUUUUUACAUUUAUUAUAAUCUUCAUAUAAUCUGCAGUUUGUGCAGGAUGCAGCGAUUGAAAACUGAUAUUUUUGUUACUCUGGCCUAUCUAGAACAACAUACAAAAGUUUUUGGCUCUUCAAAUGUGGUCAUUUGCUAUAAAUAACAAUAACAGAGCAAAAAGCAGAACUUCAUUUGAUCCCCUGAACUGUUCAACAGAACUGUAAACUGUAAAGGAGCCAUUAUGAGCCGUCCAUAUGUCUGUGGUAAAACUCACGUGUAGUCCGUUCUUGUCGAUCAGGUUGUGAAUGUAUGUGGCGACAAUAUCAUAGAGUGCAGGAAGAGACACAUCCGAGAAGAAGCGGCGGCUUGGGAGAGUGUAACGUGGCUCCAAGUGUGCUAUUAACUUACGUAAACCCGGGUUCUCAACGACGGAAAAAGGCUGGUCGUCGACCGCUAUGAACUCCAUCACUUUGUCGUUAAUGGCUUUAGCCUUUUCGCUGUCUCUUGAGAAGCUUUUGCAGUUCUUAAACGCCUGCUGAAUGGGGACAUCGAUCCUCCGUAGUGUUGUUGUCUUAGCUUUAGUACCGCUAGCAGCUUCGGCGGCUGUCUCAUAUUCUUUUACUACCGCUUCGCCGCGAUGGCGACUUCUCAGAUGAGCUAUCAGAUUCGUUGUGUUAAAACUUGACGUCUUCUUUCCUCCUCUCGGAAUCCUCGCUGAACAGGUUUUGCAUGUAGCAAUGCUGUUGUCAUCUUCUGCCACUGAGAGAAACGACCAUGCUGGUGAAGACAUUUUAUUAUCUGUCAGGUAGUGACAGGGGUCAGGCUAGGGACCUGCGAGUAAGGCGCGAUAGAUGACAUAACCAGCGCGUCUCGGACGGGCGGCUACUCCGCCUGCAAACGUUACUCGUAAUUUAAUUAAUAUAUCGGAUCUUUCUAUCGGAAAAAUGCACCUAUCGGACCGAUAAAAAAUGACGUAAUUUCCCCCCAAAUCGGCCGAUAUUUUAUCGGUCCGAUAAAUAUCGUGCAUCCCUACCCCCUGGGCUGUUCCUUGUAUUUUAUUUUCUCCUUUAAAAGCUUCAUUGAUGUUUGGAUCAAGAGCUGAAGGUUAUGCUGGAACGUUUAAUAGUGGAUUUGUAAUAAUCAUUCCUCCUUCCUAUGUUGGAGAAGACAGUAACACAGUGCUGUUCCAGUUAGCUUGUUAGCACUAAACUAACCAAUCACAUCACAUCACUCACUCACUCAUUCUUGACCGAGUGGUCAGGAUUCAAGUCUUUUCAGUGAAGAUUUGGCUCAUGGUGUGAGAUUGUAGUUUCUGUCCAUAUUGAUGAAAUGAUGAAUGUGGGAAUGAGCAGGUCAGAGUAAUAGACUGCAUCUUUGUGCUGCAGUGCAGCUUAAAGCUCCUUUAUGGUGUCUUUGGGGUGGGAGACUGACAGACAAUAAUACUGAUGUCUAGGGUUGGGUAUCGAGUAUCGAUGGGGACCGGGACUAACAUUUCGAUUCUUCCGGUAUCGUUCAAAUAUUAAAAUUUCGAUUCCAAGUUUUGAUGCAGGAGUCUGCCGACCGGAAGAAAUAGCCGCCGAAAAUCCACGAAGAAGAAGCCGCUUAACACCAACGAGGACGGAGCAUAUGAGACGAAGCCACACAGAAAGUAAAGAGAAACAGAGAGGGAGAAAGUACAUUGCAACCCACAGCAAUGCAGCCACUGUGGGUUACAAUGCGCUCUCUCUCUGUCUCUCUCCUCUCUCUGUGUGUGGCUUCGUCUCAUACGCUCCGUCCUGGUGUUCGGCAGCUUCUUCUUCGUUGGUCAAAAGUUUGGCUAACUUUAGCAGGAAGAAUGAACUUUUAUCUCAAUGCAACAUUAGCAAUACAGUUAUAUCAUGCAAAGGAGGGUAAACGACCAACAUGAUUAAACGCCUCAGGAUUCAUGGAGGAGAAAUAGUGCUCGUCUUUGAUGGCUUCGCCGGUGUUGUGCCAUAGAAUGCACCCCUGCCGUAGAAUGCACCCCUGACAGGAGCGCGGUUGAAAGUACAUAACAAGGUGAAACAAUCCAAGUUUUCCUUACCGUUGGACAGAAUCUAAAGCGUGUGCCUUUAAUGAUUUCAUUCAGGCUUUUCAGAUAAGCCGAAAACAACAGCCAUCUGAUUCGGAAUAUUUACAGUCCUGAAAAUAUAAUGUUUUCUACCUUAACAGCUUACUGUAGAGUUUAUAUACCCAAGUACACCUCUAUGUGUGCAUUUUUGAGACACAUAAAAACAAAACGAAAGUUUACUGCUCCAUUUGACAUGUUUUCAUGAUCUAAUACUUGUGUUUUUUUAUAUAUGAGAUCAUUGCCUUCCACUUUAAGAAGCUAAUGAGUGGAGGGGAUGCAUUCUACGGCAGGGGUGCAUUCUACAGCACAACACCUGUCUUCCGCUAACCAGUCAGGAUCAGAUAAGUGAAACAAUAAAUUACUUCUGUCCUCUGCUAACUUUGAAGCGGCAAACAAAUUGAACUGUGUACGGUGAGUAAACUUAAAUAUCCAACUAACGUUAGCCCUUGUAAGUUUUCAUAGACAAACGACCUGACAACAAAAAUUGAUAUUUAUAUACUGGUUAAAAAUAGCCCUGUGAGAAAUUCAUUGUAAAGUUCUUAUGAUGUAAAGUUAAUAUGAUUUAAAAAUUCAUGGAGAAGUUCCGAAAUUUCAUCCAAAAAGAAGAGCUCCGGUUAGUGCCCUCAUUCAAACCAUGCUUUUUUUUAAAUAUAUAUAUAUAUCCUGCCUUUUAAAAGAAUCGAUAGGAAUCGGAAUCGAAAUGAGGAAUCGAAAUCGGAAUCGGAAUCGUUCAAAAUCAAACGAUAACCAACCCUACUGAUGUCAAACCAUCAGCAAUUAAAUAGAUUAUUUUUAUCUGCAAUGAUUUUUAAAGCCAAAGUGAUCAUAUGUUGUUUCUGUUGUUAAAAGAGUGUCUGUUGGUGGAUGGCUUGGUAAAGUGAUUUUAGGGUCAGGUGGUUUAUACUCUGAUCCAUUCAGGUGGACUGGCUUUGACUCCGUCUCUCUUACUUUAUUCAGGUGAGCACGCCGUCGGUGAAGCAGGCGUCUCAUCCCCAGCCCACCUCCCAGCAGCCCCUCUCCAGUGACAAGCAGCACAGUCACGAUGCCACCACGGCUUCUCCACGCACCCUCCAACGCCAAGGGUACGUACAGCAACAGGUUAAAAGAUUGGCUCAUCAGUGGGUCUGCUGUGGUCGCUCUGAAGUGUCACCUAAAUAUUGAUUGAAAUAUGAGUCCAGUUAGAAAAGUUAAUGACAUCAUCAUUGUGCUUCUCUGUCAGCUCUUUAUCACCAGAGUGAAACUGUGUGAGAUCAAGUAUUUCAGCUCAUUCACAUCCACUCAUGAAUGGUUUUGACCUCCAUAACAAGUGGAUUCUGACUGCUCAGUCUUUCAGUGUGUUGUGUCGUAGCACCAUCUGCUGGUCACUGAUGGAACAAUGAAAGCUCUGACUGUGGUUGUGUCUGGAUUCAUUCACUUAGUUGGUUCUGAGGAGUGGGUAUUAUUCAGUAAUAUUAUCAUGUUUAUUUUGAUGGAGUCUCCCCUAAAAGCCUUUUUAAACGUUUUUGGCAUGGCGUCUGUAUAUGAAGACACAAAUAUUUUAGAAGGCAAAGCCAAAUCUGCACUUUUGAAUCAGUUUCACAGUCAGUCGUUUGGUCGGGCAGGGCUUGAGACUGCAACCAAAAUGGUCACAUAUGCGACAUUUUUUUCAGCACCAGCUCACUAUGGUGUGACUGCAUAUGUUUCAAUUCUCUCCACUAACACAGGCUAUCAGACAUUGUGGUUAAAAGUCACCCUCUUUUUUACUCGCAAAAUCAAUCUCCUCCACCUGCACUCUCUCCUGUUCUGGACAGUGAGCGCAAUCCCAUGCACAUGCAGCACAUUAUGAGUACUAUUACACACACCAUAGACAGACAGAACUCAGGGAGUGCUACACCUUAGCUAUUUCCACAAAUGUAAAGUUCUAUCGCGGUUUAUUUUAAUGAAGACAGAGUGGAGGAGGGUGGUAGUGAGGGUGCACCAGCAAAAGGUGCCAAAUCAGAUGGUACUGAUUAGGGCUGCACGAUAUAUCGUUUGAGCAUCGUCAUCGCAAUGUACGUGUGUGCAAUAGUCACAUCGCAGAGCUUGCGAUGUCGGAGGUGAAUGAACUCAUCUAAUUUCAAGGGUAGCCGACUGAGAUACACUGCAUGUGACUCUGCAUGUGCUUUGCAGCGAUCCACCAAUCACCUUCGUUCUUUACUCAGUUGCCAAUCAGAUUACCCUGACAGCUGUCAAUCAAAAUCAGAGAGGAGGAAACCCACCCCUGUACAUGUCCUGCACACGGAGUGAGUCGCUUGCGCUACUGCAGUUGAGCCGAUAAACGCGUGUCUGCUGAGAAUUACUUUCCAAACAUUACUCAUCACUGUUUAGCCCAACAAAUAAGAACUGUAUGGGUUUUAAAUUGUACAUUUCCGUGGACCACUCUACUAUAAGCGGUGCGCGUUUUGUGAGGUGCAUGCAAUUCUCGGAGGACAUGCGUUUCUCAGCACAACCCCGAUAACAACAACAACGAUCGCAAACUGAGCAACAAACAGAGAAAACCACAGAAGAUGACUUGUUGCCAAAAAGAAAAGAAAAGUCAGUUAUCUGGAAUUAUUUCAGUUAAAAGAAGGAUGAUGUCAACCCAAAACACGUGCUCUGUGUUCAUCUGUUUCCACAAUAACGUCCCAGCACAAUAAAAGCUAAAAAUAUCUCUGAGACAGACAAAAGCCACUCUACAAACAUUCACAAAAAGAGGUAAGAUCAGUGCAGGUUAACUGUCCUCAGGAUUUCAGCAGUGCAGCAUAACAUUAAGUGCUGUUCAGGUCAUCUGUUGAAAAUUCCUGUAGUUUUUAAUAUUGCAAUAUCGCAGGGUUGAAAAAAAUCGCAAUGUUAGUUUUUUCCAAUAUCGUGCAGCCUUAGUACUGAUGAUAAAAAAGACAAGGGGGCACCGGCACUUGGGUAAAGUCAAAAAGAUAUUCAUAGAUUCAGAGUUUCCGUGCCAAUAACUCAUCAAUCAAACAAUGUAGUUACAAAUCCGACCCCUGAUUUUAAUUAUUGUCAUGAAGACUACAAGCUAAAGUGUAGGUUACCGCUGGUGUCAGAAACGUGGUGCUCGUCGGAGCUCGACUCCCUCUGGAUCGUAAAUGUUGAUCAUCAGUUGGAUUGUUUCUUGAGAAACCACAAAAACUCUCUGAAUGGCCCACAGAUGCAUCCACUGAUAAACCUGCAGUUGACCAGUUCCAGACACUUGCACAAAAGCAGCUUUAUGACUUUAUUUACCGAAAUGUGCAGCUGUGCAGCACCACACAAAGAAUUCUCGGGAUUCCAAGGCCACGAAGUGUGCAUAAAUGCAUGCUUGAAAAAGGGGCAGGAUCAGGGUGGGUUUGGGACCGCAUUUUAAGCACGCUCAGAAUCGCAAGCCAAAUGGGACAGCCUUAGCGCUGUGUGAUGAUAUCACGCAGUGUUAUAACUGCCCUUGCAGCAUGCAGACCCUAACUUGAGACACAGCCAGUAUAUGCUCCCACAUAUGGGUGCUGCGCCGCAGAGCACGCACGCACCAAGUAUGUGCAUUAGCAAGUUAUAGUCAGUGAUCACACAGCCGACUCAUUACCGCAGUGGGGUGACACAGCUUAAGGAAGAACAUUUAUGAUCAUUUCUUCAUGGAAAUGCGAUCAAACCGAGACGCUAAGGCAGAAGAACUACCGCGUCUGCAGUGCAAAAUGAUUAUUAAUGAUUAUUACUUCAAGGAAAUGAUAAAGAAAUGAUCAUAAAUGUUCUUCCUUGCGCUGCAUCACCCCACUGCAGUAAUGGACUGGCCUGAGGUCUGUACAAACAAGCAGCUGAUGGAAGAGAGAGGGUGUUUGGUCUCUUCGUAAAGAAAUUAGGCAAAGCUAAAAAGAUGUUUGAUGGCUAGUGCUAUGGCUGGGACCCUAUAUGUACUGUUGAUGAAGUUAGGUGAUGUUCUGAGCAUUAUUUGUGGCUAUAGAGUGGCGUUUUGGCUGAGCGUGUGGCUUCUGGGACUGCUGUGUAUUGCUAUGAGGUCAUUACUAAAGUUGGUUUAACUAGAGAAGCAAGCGGCCGGCAACAUUCAUCUCUCGGCAGGGUGUCUAACUUGGUGUUGUGGUGUGUUUGACCCUACCUUAAUUUUACGCCAGAAUAUUCCUUUAAUGUCUGUGGUGAUAGACAGGAUAAAGAAGCAAUGUUGUUACCUGCCUUCAUUCGUCACUAAAACCAACAACAGACUGGUGUUCCUAGCCAAAAGUUUGGAGAGGGCAAAUUACAGGGAGGUCGGCUGAAGAAGUAAAGCACUUUGUGGCCAAUCCUUUUUGUUUUUAAAAAAAGGGGUUUUGAAAACCUUAAGAGGGUCUUAUGUUUUUUGGUUGUUAUUAGUGUUUUUUUUUUCUUGCAUGUUGCAAGUUUUGCAGGAGUGCAUGUAGAUUGGGGAAUUAUUUCUAUUUAUUGUUUUUAUUGCUAUCAUUAUUUAAAUUUACUAUUGUUAUUCUUUCUAUUUUUUACUUGUUACUAAUUUAUCUUUGUUUAUCUUUCCUUAUAAGUUAGGUUUAAAGUUAAGUUUUGUUGGUUUAAUGAAUACUCCAGUUUUAAAAACAAUGAAUAAUUGUGUUUAUAAAUCUUGAUUUUGAUAUCAGUCCAAAUAAUUGUGAUUAUUAUUUCUGCCAUAAUUGUCCAGCCCUAACUACCAGUGGAAAUGUUUGUGUAAAGCCCUGUCAGGAGUUUGACAACGAGUAGGAAAUCAGUAAGAGGUUUGAUAGAGACUAAGCUGCAGACCCAUUACCUCAUGAGUACUCAGUGAUCCUGUGUAGCAGGUAUCACACCAUCUUGUCCUGCUGCUGUGUUUGUUUUUGGACCUUCUGAGUAUGAGCUGGAGUCCUCUGGAAGAAGCAGUGCUGACUCUGGCCUGCUGCAUUCAUCUGGUUAUGUUGCAGGUACCUGCUUAGAGUAUUAUUCAAAGUGAAUCUCGUGAUUCUCAGAGAUGGAGUAAGCGUUAUGCUGUGUUGUCUUCCGUUUAAAAACUAAAGUCAAGUCUCAAGGUAGUAGGUGUUUUUGUUUGCAGUGGGUCAGGGUGGAUUACUGUUGGGUCUGUCCGUGCUGAUAAACGUCCUCUUCUUGUGUGUGUUUGCAGCAGUCAGAGGAGUCCCUCUCCAGGUCCCAACCACGUCGCCUCCAGCAGCAGCAACAGCGCCUCAAACUCCACCUCCGCCCCUCCCUCUGGCGCUGCAGCCCGACCCUCCUGCUCCUUCACCCCAACCCUCGCUGCUCACUUCAAUGAGAAUCUCAUCAAACAUGUACAGGGAUGGCCUGCUGAACACGCAGAGAAACAGGUUUGUCCUGCUCUAAUCUAUCUGAACUUCUCUCUUGUUUGAAUCAUGAACUUCAUUAGAACUCCUUUAAUUCAAACUCUGUUUGAAAAAGGCGUCGAGGCUACGUGAAGAGGCUCACACCAUGGGGAGCAUCUGUAUGUCGGAGAACUGCACCGAGCUGAAGAACCUGCGGUCGUUGGUCAGAGUCUGUGAAAUACAAGCGACAUUACGUGAGCAGAGGUGAGAACACCCAUUCAGACUAGCACUGUUUUUUUCACAUAUGACCCAGUCACCCUCGGGUCCAACUCAUGUUCUGAAUUUACUGAAGAUAUUUACUGAAAUAAGCAAACCUGUCACAGUCAGCCGGCUCCGAUUGAUCAGUGGGAUGGAGGCUUUUGUUGUACAGCCAGAAAGUGGUACCAUUAUGCAGACAGGUGAGGUUGGACCGACUACCCUCAGGCAGGGCUCGACAGUGCGACCAUUUCACUUGCAUUUGCGUCUAAAAAUAGAUGUGUGCAAAUUGUAAAAUGUAUUUAGGGCACAUGUGCGUGUAGAAAGAAGUAGCUGAGGCAAAAAAAGUUUUGUUUUUUUUUAAUGUGAAUACCCCAGUGAAGUUAGUUUUAGUUUGGAUAUCUGACGGAACUUCACUGCAGAUCUACCGGUGUCUUUCCAUAACCGGGAAUAACAGCAGCAGCGUGGUUAAAUCUACUCAACACCCUCGCUGUCAACGUCAGAUGUUGAAUAAGGGACCAUCAAUAAAUGACUGGUUGAUGUUCUCAGGAAAGGCUGUUUUACUAUUGGCAUUCAGGGGGUCAAAAUCAUCACCAAGGAAUGAAUAGUAUAAAAUAGGGGUGUGAAUCUCAGCACUGAGGACGAUUCGAUACGCAUCUCGAUGCACUGCCAGUGAUACGAUACUUUAACGAUACAUGGAAUUUUCUGGCGAUACGAUUCACCCUCUUCACGAUGCGAUACGAUACGAUAAUCAUUUAGUUCAAAUCAAUGCGAUCCGAUACGAUAUGAUGCAAUUUGUUGCGAUAUGAUGCAAUUCAACAUGAUGCAAAUAAGCAAAGAAAAAAAAGAAAUAAAAAUAAAAGAUGGAAUUCAGUAUGGUACUACAAAAAUGAUUUGGCUUUAUUCCUUAAAGGCACUUGGCAGUAAAUUCAACAAAAGUGCUUUUUGUCUUUUUUCUAUGCUCCUUUGGGUUCCAUUUUGUACAGAUACACAGAUUAGACAGACCUCCUGCAACUGUUAAGGAAUCUGAAUCAAUAAAAUAAAAAAAAAAAAAAAAAAAAAAAGGAUUCCAAUCCCAACCCUACAUCACACAAGUGCUCUAUACUUGUUGGGUAAUAUUACAGUACACAUUAUUAAACAACUAAUGCACUGCCUAACAUGGUGCAAAUAAACCAUUCAAUGGCCAUACUACUGUCUGCCAAACCAAUGUGCUAGAGUAACUGGCCACUGAAAAUCAGUGAUUUGAGUGAGUUCUGCAGUAAUAAAAGAGUAAAACAAUUACACAAUAAUUACUGUUGUAAAAAGUACAGUAAACAGCAACAACAAAACACUCUCAAUGAGUAACCUAAAGUGACACUUUCAACAGUGCAAUCAAUGUUAAGGGAGGGGAGGUGGCGUUAGACUUGUCGGUGAUGUGGUGUACUCUUUUUAAGUGGGUCUGCAUGUUUGUCGUGCUGCCGUUGUAUGGCUUCUUAACGCGGCAUUCUUUGCAAAUGACGGACGUUUUGUCGAGCUUUCCGUCUUUCUUUGCAAAUCCGUAGUGUUUCCAAACAUAUGAUUUAAACGUAGCGGGUGCAUUACAUAUAAACUCUUCCUCGCUGCUGCUCACUUGAAUGUGAUCCAUGCUGUUUUACUAGUAGUGCAUUGUAUGUCCCUCACGGCUUCCGUCCUUAUUCAUUACAAAACGCGAAAUAAUGAUGGUGCAUUCAAUGCGCCUGGGGAACAGCAGAUGGGGUGAAGUUUAACAUGAAUAAAACGGCGCUUGCAUCGGCUUUUACCGAUACCCACCAACGCAUCUAGAUGAAUCUAGAUUUAACCCGUCAAUUGCAUCGAUACCCAGUGAAUGAGCCGAUUUCAGGGCACAAAAAGGGAUGUGGAACAGUGGUUAAAAAGAGGGUUGUGGAUCUGUCAUGGUUGUGGAUCUGCUGGGCUCUCCAGCCCCGUGACCAAUUGACCUAAAAUUGAUUUCAAAUAAUUGUACUUAUGUCGACCAAUAAGACACACAUUAUUGGAUCAAUUUUCAUUGUGCCCCUAAAGUUCACAAGGUGCUCCUCACUUUUUCAACUGAGGAGCACCUUGUGAAAAAAGUUAGUGACAAACCCUGCCCUCAGGUGAAUUCUCUUCACUAAGGAGUGACAGAUAUAUCCUACAGGAUCAACAGUAGGACAAACACUGAGUUCAAGCUCAUAGGCACCUCCUAAGUGUGUUAUGUGUUAUAACAUGGAAACAAACGUACUACAUGAUAGAGGUGUGUCCUUUUAUUGUGAAGCUGUCUCCUAUCCUUCGAACUCAUUGAUCCAAGAUGAAGCUCUGCUGCUGAGAGCACAGAAAACUGUUUUUAAUGGAGCAGUGAAAGUUCAACUAUGACACCAAAAGCAGUGGCAGAUAGAUUUCAAAAGCACAUGGUUUAUCUGUACACUCACUGAGAAACUCCUCAGCUUUAGAGGUUAUUUAUGACUGACCUCAGAUCUGCAGGCAGCUCCUGAGAGAAGGGCUGCACUUACUCAAGGCUUUUCACCAGUCUGGGGUCUGAUCCAGACUCUCACCUGAGGGGCUGGACCGGGUUAAAGUCUGUGAGCAGGUCAGAAUCAAACUGAGGAGCUAAAGAGCGUCAUAACUAUAACUGCUCUCUCUCUCUCUCUCUCUCUCUCUCUCUGUCUGUCUCUGUCUCUGUCUCUGUCUCUGUCUCUGUCUCUCUCUCUCUCUCUCUCUCUCUCUCUCUCUCUCUCUCUCUCUCUCUCUGUCUCUGUCUCUGUCUCUGUCUCUCUCUCUCUCUGUCUCUCCCUCUCCGUCUCUCACUCUCUUUUCAGGAUACUGUUUCUCAGACAGCAAAUCAAAGAACUAGAAAAGCUGAAGAACCAGAACUCGUUCAUGGUCUGAGGACUUCUAGCAGAGACGGCACCGGUGAUGGUGACGAGGAGGAAGACUCAUUGCACAGAGUUGACGCUGGAGGGAGAGCAGCUGUUCAGAUCCUCUUGAGCCCAGUCUUAACACACUCUCAGAGGCUGCAGGCGGGUUGGUUUGGACCGUCUGGGCUGCGAGAUCCAAGAGGGAGACGUGGAGAGCUGCUGUGGGGAGUAAGAGGGAGAGGGGGAGCCUGGGUGGUUUUACAAGACUCGGUUUUGUAAAAAAGAAAACCACAGCGGAAUAAAAUGUAGAUUUCGUGUAGAUGUUAUUAUCUAUGUUGUAAAUAUAUUUUGUAGAUUGAAGCCAUGGAAAGCCAUGCCUAUCAGAGCUUUGACAUCCAAACUAAUCAGCGCCUAGGCGGCUACGUUCAUUAGCUAGCCUUCCUUCAUGUUAACUCGUCUGCAGACUUUGAGCUUCAUUCAGUCACAGAUCACUGACCUCUCUGAGCGUGUGCGAGUCUGUGAGACCUGCACGUGGAGGGAGGAGGAUGUUUGAGGCGUGUCCUGAUACACAAACCUUCAGAAAUCAUCACACACUGGUUCUUCUCAGCCCAUAAGACUGAGUGAAGCUCCUCCUCCUGCGACCUCUUUAUUACUGGGGGAACCAACGUCCCCUCUCUGUGGGUGUGGCAGUUCCGCUCCGAGGUUCAGUGAUCUCUGAGCAGCUUCUGGUGGCCCUGCAUGUCCCAGUCUGAAAAAACAGUGCCUGCUGGUGUGAUGGAGUGAAUGAGUGAGAGAUAGGAGGUGUGAUGGCGUGCUGCUUUGGACCAUUCCCACCGCCCUCCACGGCCUCGGCUCGGCCCGCCCUGCCAUACCUGGAACCAUCAACAGUUCCCGCGUCCUGAUGCUUUUUGUUCUCUUUUUCCCUCCUGGUUCAUUCCUUUGUACAGUCGCUAACAAACGGUGGAGUUUGGAGAAGAGGACAGAGUAAAGGUUUUAUUUAUAAGAGUUGUAGUGCUGAGCAGUAAAUCACACGUUUUUAGGAGUGGCGUUAGUGAGCGGAUGUUUGUGGAUCACCUGUUUGUGUCGGAGCAGGGCGGCAGAGGUCACAGGUCAAAUGUGAAAUGUAUGUAUUGUAAUAAACAUGUUCAACUAAAGCGAGCACUGGUUAUUUCAUUGGUUGGUUCAAACGCUAGUGCCUUGUUGAAAGUCUUAAACCUGGUUUAACGCCGUCUCUGAGCCUGUUUGGAAAGACCUUCAGUCUGGUUUUUGUUUCCAGCCAUCUUAUCUAUAAUCCUCCUGCCGUUGAAGAGCUCCAGGGUCCUGAGCUUUUGGAUUCUCAGCUGCAGACAGGCCUGAGCUGCUGGGUCCUUAGCUGCUGGGUCCUGGGCUGCACACGGGCCUGUGUUUUCCCUGUUCUGUCUCUGAGUCUGUAACUGAACAGCUUCACUCUCAGUAAAGGUGACCACAUCAUUGCUUUGUAUAUUGUUUCCUGAAGUAUAUUGACAAACGAAAUAAAAUAUGCCUCUCCAGGA